GGCGCAGCAGCGGCCAUGGCGGCGGCGGGUGCGCUGCCGCGUUUAGUGCGGGGCGGCGGCCGUGCCUCGGCCUUGGUGAUAUUGCUGUCGCCGCUGAGGGCGGCCCUAGGGCUCCCGGACUCAGUGAUUGACUCCUUGAGUUUAUUCAUUGCCUUAAAUACGACAGCCACCUGCUCCUCUUGUUGAGUUUGCAGGCUGAAAUCAUCGGUCAGCUUUCUUACUCGACCAGAUCGACCAAAUCUUGCUUACCAUAAACUAAAAGGCAGGAAUCCAGGGGUUAUUUUCCUUCCAGGCUUUAAUUCAAAUAUGAAUGGUCAGAAAGCAACUGCCCUUGAAGAUUUCUGCAACUCUCUAGGUCAUGCCUUCAUCAGAUUUGAUUAUACAGGAUGUGGAAGUUCAGAUGGUAGAUUUGAGGAGUGUACAAUUGGGAAGUGGAGAAAAGAUGUGCUGUCUAUACUGGAUGAACUUACAGAUGGACCACAGAUUCUGGUGGGCUCCAGCUUAGGUGGAUGGCUGAUGCUUCAUGCUGCAAUAGCACGGCCAGAUAAAGUAGCUGCCCUAGUUGGAGUAGCUGUAGCAGCAGAUCAUCUUGUAACAACUUUUAGGAAGCUUCCUAUUGAGGCACAAAAAGAAAUAGAAGAAAAAGGUGAAUGGAAGCUUCCAACAAAGCAUAAUGAGGAAGGAUAUUACUCCUUGACAUACGACUUUAUCAGAGAAGCAGAAAAUCACUGUGUGCUAAAUAGUCCUAUUCCUGUAACGUGUCCCAUACGACUUAUUCAUGGCAUGAAGGACAGUGAUGUCCCUUGGCAGAUCUCUAUGCAAGUAGCUGAUCGUGUUUUGAGCAAAGAUGUGGAUGUUAUCCUCCGCAAAAAUGGCCAACAUCGGAUGAGUGAGAAGGAAGAUACAAAACUUCUUGUGAAUACUGUUGAUGAUUUAAUAGACAAGCUGGCAACAUUAGCAUAAGCUGCAGAGUAGCCUAAGUGCAUAAACUCUACCCCUGACUCUUUUCCAUGAGUAGCAGAAACCCUGUUCUUAACAAGGUGAUGCCAGGCCUGUGACUAUCACAGUAGGAACUGAGCUUUUUCUGCUGUUUCCUUACCUCUGUUUUGUAAAUACAGGUAUCUUAUUAAUGCUGCAUUUGCACAGACAGUCCAAAAUGCAAAGGAGUGCUGCUGUUGGGUUCAGAACCUCUCCUUCACCACUUUAACCUUUUUCCACAAUCUUCCUAUACUUUUGUACCAAAAUGCUGAUUCUUUUUUGUUACUGUCAGCCUGUACAGUAAAACUUUAAUUUCCCAUGUCUUUGAUACCUUUUCAGUAUUGUGCUUUUGCUGUAACAUUCUUGAAUCUUAUGUCUGAAACUAUCUGUGCAAGGCAAAAUAUGUGUUUACUAAAGUUAGUGAAUAACAUGAAGCAUAAUAAACAGAUUUCAGAUAAAUUAUUACGUUAUUCUUAAGCACUGUUAAAAUUGAAAAGUGGAAAGCACACCCUGAUGGUGUGCUUGGGGUACUACAUAAGGAAGAAGUUAACUUCUAAGAAGGCAGGGCCUCAAAGUGCAGGUAGACCUCUCUUACCUAUGCUUCUCAGUAGGGUUUAUGUACUCUUCUCCAGGCUAUCUUUUUGUAAUAGUUAAUUUGUGGGCCUGCUAUUAAGGGAAUGAUAUAUAAUCUUGGUGUAAACUGAAACUAGAUCAAUACAGUAACUCUUCUUACUUCUAUAGUAACUUCUUUAAAGUGGGAAGUACAGGACUGUAGGGCACCACUGCCUCUUUUCUGUGACUUGAGAACUGUUGAUUAUUAGGAAUAGUGUCUUCCAGAGUUAAGAAUUUGAGGUACACAAUUGCAAGCCUGAAAACUUGUAACCGAAUCUUGAUAGUCGGAUAAUUCUUGUAAGAUAAAUCCUUAGGAUUUAAUAGUAAAUGGAUUUAAUUGUAAAUGUGACUAAUACCUGUUUUUUGUACAAAAAAAUGUGAUGCCAUUCAUACACUUGAGAGGGAGGGGCCUUUUAGGUGAGAGGCUGGAAUUAGUUCGGGCUAGCCUUAAUAUGAAAUUUCAGUCAAAAUACAUAAUUGUUUCUGGCUUUACUAUUUUAUGUAGUAAAUGGCAUCACUCUUGCUGCUUUAAAAGACUGAAGUUCCUGGGGCUAAGGUAUUUCUAGAGGGUUUGUUGUUUUCAGUGUUAGCAUUGUUAAAAGUGGUACAUUGUCAGUAGAAGUAUGUUGUAUAGAGCUUUGCUGAGGUAGUGGUUUGUAAUUAAAAAAACCAACCAAACAACUAAAAAAAAAAACCCAAACCAACAAAAACCAAAAAAACCCCACCCCUAAAUUUCAGAUGAGUUCCUGUGAAGUACAGUUUUAUUUAGGUUUUAAUACCGAAAAACACCACGAAGCUGUGAUGUAAAAACUUUGCCUUAGUGUAAGAAAGAUGGCUCUAGUUUAGUUGCAAACCUAAUUCAAGUGUACCACUUCCCUAAUUAAAUUAAUUUAGCUCAACAUACUCAUUUGAGGAAUUACAACAUUCCAUGAAAUCUUUCUUCCACGUUUCUGAAGGGAGUAGACUUUUUUUGUCUGUAUGAAUAUGCAAUUCACUACUUCCUUAAGCUUUAAAACCUCUUGAAUAUGUGUUUUACUUUUGAGAAAAAUUAAUUCAGAUAAUUUAUGCAAAUUGAUCAGCCACUUCUAUUCCUGAAGAUUGAGGUGUGUUCAUAUUUAGGUAGUAUUAAACAGUUGUCUCUAUAUGUAUUCUUGUGACUUGCAUCUGAUAAAACCUAAAAAAUAGAUUUUGUGAGUUUUAAAGACAGUCAAAUCAAAAUUAAGUUACUUCAAAACUUUCAGCUCUUAGCUUACAUAUGACAAUUACUUUUGUAACAUCUCUUAGAUUGCUUUGUCUCUUAAUGGAAGAAAAUACUGAAAAAAGUGGACUGCACUAAUUCCCAAGUAAUUAAUUAAGGCCAAAAUUAAAUCGUGAUAUGUGUGAACAAAAAGUACAUCUAUUAAAGUUAUUUCAGUAACUAAAAAGUUUUGAGCUAUUUUUGCGACUUGUGAGUUACACCUAUAAACAGUCCAUUGACCUGUAAUACUUCAGACAGGGAAAAGUCUUCAGAUGUCUGCAUAAACUGUAGCUGUGUAUUUCUGUUGAAGGAAUUGCAUUGUAUUCAUUCAAAGCUUCACCUUAGCCUUUAUUGAAUAAUUGAUAUUUCAUGGGUAAAGUCUUUUUGUUACAAUGGCUUAGAGCAAGAUAGCUGAAAACAAAUGUGAAGGGGAGCAUUUCUGUGAGUGGUUUUCAGGGGUUUUUAUUUGUUUGGUGGUGGGGUUUUUUUUGUUUUGGUUUGUUGUUUUUUUCCCCCCCUAUUAUUCUGCUGUAACAACAUUAGGUGGGAGAUGGCAGCGUAACAGGGUUGACACAAUUGUCGAGGGUAUAAAAGUGCAGCAUCAGUUGCUGAAACCACAGCAUUACUGAAACUUAAUCCUAGGGAAGGUUGUUGGGGUUUUUUGCAUGCCAGUUGUUUUGUAGUUCUCUUUGUUUUCCUUCUCUGCUUGCUAAAUGGCGAUUAGUGGUAGCAUUUAUAUUACAGGUACACUCAAAAUUUGCUGCAUACAGCAUAAAUGCAAAGGCAGAGAUGAUACUCUCUUCAUAGAGACAAUAUUCCAGAUAGGAUUUUGAGAUUCAGUGAAUGCUACUGCCAUUCAAUUUGUGUUUACUUACCAUUUUCUAAAUUCAGUCUAUCCUGCUUAAAUAUGAAGAGGUGGCUUUGAGGUAGACCUUAUGCAGACAAACUUUUUCCUCCAAAUUUACCACAGUAAUUCCAUUGGUAUUUCUCUUUGCAAGUGUAGCGUUUUCCUUGUGUUCAUGCUGGAUUUUACCAGCAUUUUGAUUACUGUCAACUUGGCAUGUUCAAAUGCCUGAAAGGAAGAGACAGAUGAAAACCAGGGAGAUGUACAUCCUACCUGUGACUAGCUUUUGAACUAGCAGGAAGGUUUGAUGAUCUUGAAUAAUGUAGUAUUCACAUGUUAUGGUGUCAUUCUGAUUUUAUUCAGUACUAUAUUUAACAUUAACAUUAACCCUGAGUUAAUGCCUGUGGCAUCUCUUUUGUCUUUGCCAGUAGAUGCCUAGAUAGUGAAUUAUUUUCAAUAUUAGUCACGUUUAAAAAGAAGUAUUUCUUUCCUCUGCAGACAUAUAUAUUAAACUAGGGUAUUACAUAUUUGGAAAGCAAAUUUUUGGUGCAAAUUUUUGAAAUCCUUUGCAAUGAAUUCUUAUGUUCUGUUUUUCUUUUUUUACAGACUUCUAAUUUGCUGCCAAGUGCAAAUUGUGGUUUGUGAAUAUGUAACAUACGUUUCCUCAACGAUAAGCUGGAUUUGCACGAAAUGAUCAGUGUAUUUUAUGGUUUCAAAUUUACCAGCUCUAUCUUGUGGUACCUGGGGUGUUGGUUUUCUAUGAAUACCUUAAUCUACACUUAUUAUUUUCAGUAGGACUCCUAGCUUAAGUUGUUAGCAUUCUCUUUGUCUUUCACUUUUGGCAGGUCUGAAAAUGACUUCUGGGCUCCCGUGUCACUGAGCGUAGUACGGGCACGUUGGGGUUGACACUGCUGUCACAGUGCAAGGAAGCUCCAGACACUUAACCAAGCAACUCAGCUGCUUGUGUUGUUGAUUUUGAUCAAACAAUACUAGCUGAAUAAGCACCUUGAGGUAUUUAUCUUAUAUGUAAUGCUUAAACUACAUAACAUUAACUCCUGCUGAGGAGUUAGUCAUUCAGGUUUCAUGAGUAAAUGACAAAAAGCUUUUGUAGCUAGGCAGGAAGCUUGAUUAGUAUACAAUACCAAAGCAGCAGUUAAUUGUUUUCAUUAAAAAGGAACAAAAGCAUUACCAGUUGACCUCGAAGUGUCCCUAGUCCUUACCAGCAUUUUUGUUUCAGAUCUGUUGCAAAAUCAAACUUCUUGAGACUUAACUUGUGAAACAAACUACCUUCUAAAAAGGAAGAAAAUAGUGAGGCAUGCUUUCCUGUAUUUAGGAUUGAACUCUGCAGUAGACCAGUAUGUGUUGAAAAGAGUCUCUAAAGCAUAUUCAGCUUGUUUCGUAAUAAACAAGUGCUCUUACUCUGUGUAUGUUGAGCUGUACUAAUGCAGUUUUAUUAUCUUGUCAAGUAUUCUACUUGUUUUGUAUUACACACUUCAGCGCUUUUUUGAGUUAAAUGAUACUAAGUGUUUCAUGUAGUUUCAGUUUAGCUAACUUAUUUUCUCUUGUAUCAACACUAAAUAUAAACAAAGCAGUGUUCACAAAAAAAGCCUAGCUGGAUGGGCCUUAGAAGAACUGCCUCCUGCUGUUUCAUUUUUAUGUUAAUUUUGAUUAUGUGCUCUCUUUGACACACUUAUUCAAUGGGGCUAAGAGAUUUAUGGUACCAUACUUCUCAUAUCAAAUUAAAACGUGCUUAGAGAGAAACUUUCAACCAGCUACAUCUCUGCAGCUGCUCAAAUGUUUUCAAUGCUCUAGUCAUACUGUAUACAGAGUCACAACAUUUUCUGAACCAGUGCCUUGGUCAGAGUUGCUACAUUAGGUCUAUGCUUGUCAUUUCUCCUUGGCCCAUAUCCCCUCCUCUGGGAAAAAAACCCAAAACAACGAAAAACAAAGAAGUGGGAGGGAAAAUCAUAUCCUGGGGAAUAAUGAGAUUUUGAACUUCCUUGUUUAACUCAGUUGUGCUGUUACAGAGAAGCCUACUUCACCCUUUCAGAUUUUUUUUUUAAAAAGUGCUAAAAAAUUAUGUUAAAGGCUUCCCUGGAAAUAGAAGAGGGUUAUACGUUUCACCUGUCUCUAAGAUCAGCGGUCUCUGCUUUGAGCUGAUGUACAAAUUCAGUCAGAUGUGUGAGAAUGUAGAAUGUCACUAAAGCUUGGUAAAAUUCAACAAGCGUGCAAGGAAUGCAUACAGAAAUACCAAAAAUCAGUGUGCACUCUUGUCCGUCUGCCCUUGUUCUCAAGCCCAGCAGGGACAGGAAAGGCAGAGGGAACUCAGCUCUUCAGUUUAAUAGCAGGCAGCUUGGUACGUACAUGGUUUUAAUGCCACUGUGCAUGUUGCUUUUCUCCUAGCAGGUGUUUUCUAGGGGACGAGAUCACUGUAAUGGUUGGGAAGAAGAGACAGAGAUGAAGGACAAAAAUAUACUGCUCGCAGAUUUACUGCUCAUAGGUCAGUUUAUGUAGCUUAGAUUUACUUCGUGACUGUAGGACCUCAUUUUUCUUCAAUAUAUAUUUGCUUAGAACAGAAAAAUGUUAGUUACAGCCUUGGCUGUGUUAUUCAUAAAUCUAAAUUAGAGGACCUCUUGCAAUCUAGUUGCAGGCUUGACCUUGUAUUUCUCUUUCAAGUCCUGCAUAUGUAUGUUCUAUGGUCCAGUGCUUCUAUUCCAUUACAGACAUGGGCAUCCUCCAUAUGACUCAGUAAUUGUAGCUUGUGAUCUGCUUAUGGGUGAGAAAUAGACAUGUUCUCAGCCUGCUGCAGUGUCUUGUGUUUGGCAAGUAGCUUCGGCUAGCUAUGCAUUUAUAUUUGGAAUGAAAAGCAAAUGACAGCUGCUAAAACUUCCAGUCACUUGGUUCUGAAACUAAAAUACAAAUUUAAAAUGUUUUUAGGCUAGCACGUGAAAGGUUGUGUUCUUUUUGGGCCUUCUGACUUGCACCAUGUUGUCCACUUGCCUCCCACGUGGCAACAUGAGAAGGUCACUGCUGCCCGUAGGGUCGUAUCUGUGGCAAAGGUAUGCUGAACAGUAGCAUGCUUAAAGGUUGGAGUGAUGCGAAUGGCCUGCCCAGACUUUGGUCCUGGAAAAGCAAUCCCUGAAGGACACAGGCUGCCUGGGAUCAGGUUUGGGCCUUGUGAGAAUCCUCUCCUUUGCUUCUGCAUUGAGUAUGGUCUGCUGGCAGAAAGUGUGCCGAGGGGUGCUAGGCCUUAGGACAGUGACUCUUCAAAAAGUUCCUGACAGGAAAGCUAAAUCCCUGAUCAUAAGAAGCAGCAUUUAUUUAGUUAGGGGAUUUGAUCUUCCUUCUUUGUUUGUAAAUUUUGCUGUCUGUUUCAACCUAUGUUUCAGUAAAAUAAAGAUGUUACUUCUUUUCUGUUCUUCUGGUAAA